CCGGCUGAGGGGCGGCUGCCGCUGCUGCUGCCGCUGCUGGCGGCGGCUCCGGGAAAAUGUCCGAGCGCGGCAGCUUCUACCGGCAGGAGCUGAACAAGACGGUGUGGGAGGUGCCCCAGCGCUACCAGAACCUCACCCCUGUCGGCUCCGGUGCCUACGGCUCCGUCUGUUCAGCUUAUGAUACCAAAACAAGACAGAAGGUGGCAGUAAAAAAGCUUUCAAGACCUUUUCAAUCACUUAUUCAUGCGAGGAGGACCUACCGAGAGCUUAGGUUGCUUAAGCACAUGAAGCAUGAGAACGUUAUAGGAUUGCUAGAUGUUUUUACACCUGCAACAUCAAUAGAAAACUUCAAUGAAGUGUAUCUCGUGACAAAUUUAAUGGGUGCUGACCUGAAUAACAUUGUGAAGUGCCAGAAGUUAACAGAUGACCAUAUACAGUUUCUCAUCUAUCAGUUACUUAGAGGUCUUAAGUAUAUUCACUCAGCUGGAAUAAUCCACCGGGACCUGAAGCCCAGUAACCUAGCUGUAAAUGAAGACUGUGAACUGAGGAUUUUAGACUUUGGUUUAGCUCGACAAACUGAUGAUGAAAUGACUGGAUAUGUUGCAACAAGAUGGUACAGAGCUCCAGAAAUUAUGUUAAACUGGAUGCAUUACAAUCAGACAGUUGACAUCUGGUCAGUUGGAUGUAUCAUGGCAGAGCUAUUGAAAGGGAAGGCCCUAUUUCCAGGAAAUGAUUAUAUUGAUCAACUAAAGAGAAUUAUGGAAGUUGUGGGCACACCCAGUUCUGAACUUCUGAAGAAGAUAUCAUCAGAGCACGCAAGAAAAUACAUUGAAUCUCUUCCACAUAUGCCUCAACAGGAUUUGAAAGGAGUAUUUCGUGGUGCAAACCCAUUAGCUGUAGAUCUUCUUGAGAAGAUGCUUAUACUAGACAGUGAUAAAAGAAUUACUGCCUCAGAAGCACUUGCACAUCCCUACUUUGUGCAGUAUCACGAUCCAGAUGAUGAACCUGAGGCAGAGCUGUAUGACGAGUCAAUAGAGAAUAAGGAGCGCACCAUAGAUGAAUGGAAAGAACUCACCUAUGAAGAAGUGAUUAGCUUUAAACCCCCUGACUUAAAAAUGGAUAGCCUGGAGAUAGAACAGUGAAUACAGGCAGCUCUGGCUUGUCUUGCUGCACUAUGAAGACUCUUAAAAUAUAAUCAUGCCAUUUAACCUGUGGUCAGAUGUAGAUUUUACUAUCCAAAGACGUUGAAGAAGAUGUGGAAAAGCAGAUGCUUUAUACAGAAGCCAGACGAUGUCCAUUUUGGGUGGGGUUUCUUUUGCCUUGUAAUAUGAAUGUAUUCCCAACUCACAAAAGGUGAUAAAAAACUGCUUCAUUCUGACAAAAUUAUGCACUGAGUUCUGUCAAGCUGUGUGUUCUGCAUGUUUCAUUUUAUCAGUUGAACUACCAAAAUAAGGUGACUUUUAAAAUUAAUUUUAAAAUUGUACAUUUAAAGCAUGAAUGUAUACAAACAUAAACAUAGAAGUCCAUAGAAACGAUCAGGUUUUUUUCUGGCAUUUUUAUCUGUCCGUUUUCUUAUUAUUUGUAGUUAGUGCCUUUAUGAAGAGAGGACAUGGUAGUGAGAUAGACAGAAUAUGCAUAUGUAGUCAUAUAUGUGGUGGUCUUACAAAUUUACUGGAUAGCUCUCAAGCGAUCUUAACAUCAGUUGAAAGUCAGUAAAAAUAAAUCUUUGUCUUCUGUUGCCAUUCAAGUCUCUGUUCUCAUUAUUUUGCCCAUGUGUAUCUUUUUUAAUCUGCAGAGUGCCCAUUUGUGAGACCAUUUUAAUUCCCAACGGUAGUCCUAACUGUGCCAUCAGAGGAGCACUGGCAAAUUUGCCUGAGGUGCCUUAAAGGCACUGCAGCACAUCUCUGUAGUCUCCCACAAGCUUCAGCAAAGGCUGUUACAGAGGGCAGUACAAGAGUACUCAGCUGAGUUCACAGCUUUCAAUUCAAUUUUCUUCAUUGUCUUAUUUUCCGUCAUGUAAUCCUUGGGAAAAUAAUCUAAUAAUUGCCACUGGGAGACAUGACAAAACAAGAUUUAAGAACUUAUCUGUGAAAAACAAAAUGUUUAUCUCAUCAGAGUUUCUUUUUAAGCAAAAUUGUAAAGGUUUUCCAGUUCUGAAAGGUGAAAAAAUAAAUAAUCAACUGCAGGAUACACCAGAUACCAAGAUUUCUUAAGGAAUUAAAUUUAUCUUGUUCCCCCAUUGAAACAAGAGUAUUCUUUGGCAUGAGGCCUCUUGUGGUGUACUGGCUGUGUCUUUCUAUGUACUUGUGAUUCACAGUUGUUCAAUAUUGUUCAUUUUUGUGUCUUGUUCUCACUCCAUCAGAGUCUCAUUUUGGAGAUGGCUUUUUAUAAUAUUUAGGCUUUCUGCAACUUUUGUCAUUAAGAUUCAGUUGUACAGCUACUACAUGAGGUAAUGAAUUCUACUACAUUUAUUUACCUUCCUCUGUAUCUUUUCUAUGUAAAAAGAAAAGCUUUUUCGUAAUAA